AUGUCUCAAGAAAAGUAUCCCUGUGAAAUACCAGACAACGUCCCCGUCCGCGGGCCAGCCGUCUCAGACGACGCCCAGAGCCAACGCUGCCCAACGGAUUCCAAAGAGCGGGGCGAUGCUCCCCCGGACCAUCCGCAAUCCGCCUGCUCGGAUGAGGCCGCCGCGAUCGAUGACAUACCAAGGUCAGUGCAUCAAGGGGGAGAUCCAGCGCCGCUGCCGGAACCAAUGCUGUUCGACACACCAGACGCCGAUACCCUGUGGACGACGGCAAGUUUCUUCGACAUGGGUGAUAGAAACACGGACCAGACGUCGGCGGGCGACCUCACAGACUGGCAAGACAUGGAUUUUUCCUUUCUCGAUGAGGUGACCGCCGCAAAUGAGACCAAUAUAUGGGGUCCCGAGCCACCGGAUCACAAAUGCGCUUCCGUCAUGCCGGUCAGCUCGCAGGCAUACAGUGCCUCAUCCGUGGCUCGGACGUGGGUGCCUCUGCCUACAGAAAAUGGGAGUAUGGAACGAGGCAACCUAACAUUCGCCGGCGAUAUCCAUGAACUCCCGGCAAAGCGAGGUGCGGAACAUGUCUCACUACAACUAAUCGCGCCAGCGGCUCGAGACCGCAUCUUGAACAUGGUCUUCGCUGCCUAUCCAGAAAGGAUCGCGCCCAUUAUUGAAGAUUUUCCGUCGGCUGAGAUUCUGUCCAGGUUAGUCUACAGAUAUGUCAGCCAGCGGAAGGUGGAGUGUACUGAUUUUGUACACCUACCCACCUUUGAAUGGAAGAGUCGACGUCCCGAGCUUCUCGCGGCGAUGAUUGCACUGGGGUCUAUAGACGGCCCCAUGGCUACGGUUAGAAAGUUCGGAUACGCUCUGCAAGCGACGGUGCGCCGUGCCACUAUCCAACGGUACGAGGAAGACCAUGCAAAGAUGCGAGAUAUGGACCUCGCGCAGGCGUACCUGAUCCAACAGUACAUUGCAUUUUUCAGCGGCAUCUCGCGAAAAAUCGGGUUAGCUGAGAGCUGCUCCAUGAUCACCUCGACUAUCAUCUCUCAAGCGCGUAUGCUUCUGCAUGGGUCAGAAAAGACGGUCGAAGCCGCCCUGGCGACGGACUCGAUUGAGCAACUCGACCCGAUAUGGCGCCGCUGGUCCCAGCAAGAGUGUAUCCGUCGCAUCAUCUAUUAUUCCUACACGCUAGACUCUCAGGUCUCCAUAACCCGGAAGCUCAACCCCAUUCUCCCCUACACUGACAUGGACACCUCCCUCCCGUGUCCCGACCCGCUCUGGCGCGCCGACACGCCAGCCGCAUGGAAACAUGAACUCAUUGCGCGAACCACACCACAGCCAACGUCAUUGUUAGACUUACUCCGGUCACCGCGACUGCUGCGGACGCAUGGACACUGUCUGGAUUCCCCGUUCGUGCACAUGGUCUACGUAAGCGGGCUCUGGUCAAUCGUACAAGAGUACCGCCGACUGAGCAGCGUAGCCAGCAUCUCGAGCUCCUGGAACAGCCUAGUGCUUAUGUCCCGCCACGACGAACUCACCGCAAUCCUGGAACGAUUCAGGAAAGAUAGCAUCGAAGUGCGACGAAAGGCGCCGGAAGUGGAUCUGCUCUACAAUCUGGUCUCGAUGCACCUCUACGUCUCCUUCAGGGAGCUCCAGCCCGUGGUCAGCCACGGAAAGGACCAGAGCUGCCCCCAGGCAGAUAAAACCGCCAGAGCGUACGCCCUGGAUUGGAAACAAGACGCAGGCUCACGGUUUGCGGUCUGGUUCGCGGGCCAGGUCGUCCGAGCCGCACGGGCGUUCCACCAGGAGACGCUUUGUGACGUGUACACAAUUGGACUGCUGCAGGCCACCGUCGUACUCUGGGUAUACGGAAAUCUCAGUGACACCCCGAUGAGCGCGGGCCCACUGGUCAUGUCCCCGAUCAUGGAGCUGGAUGAGACCGAUCCGGUGGGUCUAGAGAACUACCUUUGCGACGGGCAGGGUCAGGCCGGUUUGAACGUUCCCUCGCGAGGGUUUGUGCUACUUUCGGAUUCACGGUCCGUGGUGGAGGCUGUCAAGGGCAUUCUUCAGCAGAACUGGCGACAUAGUCCCUUUCCCUCUGGCACCGAGGAAGUGUAUCAGGUACUGAACGACUUACAGACUGACACUUCGAUUCAGGGUCAGGGAUAG